CAGCGCAGUGCAAUGUUCAUUGUGCAUUUGCAAAUAAAAUGCAAACAGAAUAAGAUUUCAACGUUAGUAAAUCCGCUGUCUUAAGGUCUAGUGUUUUGUGUCGUUUCGUAUCUGUGCUCUAGUGCAAGUGAUUUAUCGAGUUUUCUUCAUCAUUGGCCAAGCUUACAGUACGGAUUUGGGCUUUGUUUACAGAAGACUUCCAAAUCACACCUGUUUUGCUUAGCCCUUUAAAAGUGUAUCGAUCUGGAUGUAGGAAUCAAGUUGUUUUAAGUUAAAUACUGUGUCCAGUAAGGAGACUGUCUGCUAGCUUCCUAACCGAGAGAAUCACAGCAGGAUAAAUAAAAAAUCUCAACCCUUCCCCGAAGCGCUAUGGACAUCUCGCAAACAUCGCCAUCAAAACGGAGCAGCAUUCCGAUACCGAGACGGAAAACAUCGCUCCACCUGUACAUUUCCGGAGGCGGUGGUUCAUCGUCCAACUCGUCGUCGAACGUCGGUUCGGCUUCGGCUUCGAUCAACGACGAUGAACCGUCGUUCACGCGCAGCAUGCUCGGUUCAUUUGCUCCCCCGCCACCGGAAACGGAACCCACGGCCGGUGCCAGCACGCCUUCCGACUACGUUCAGCUGAAGGAAAGCCACAACCGUUUGAUAGAGAGUUUUGAAAAGUUAACAAAACGCAACGAACACCUUGAGCACGCGAACGAACAGCUGAAUCACAACGUGCGCCAGCUGAUUGCAACGCUGGAAGGCUCCAAGCGAGAGCUGGCGGCUUUUACCGAGAAAAACCGUCGGCUGCGACGGAAGCUGUCCGAAAUCAUUCCCGCUGCGACUCUCGGUGGCGAAUCGACCGUAGACGGUGCCGAAAGUGACGAUGAACCGGUGGCCGAAGUGAAUGCGGUUUUGUCCCCCGUUCCUACUGUGGCCGAGGGGCGAACAGCGGGUUCCGGGGCGAAAGCGGUCGAGGUGGACGACGAGAUGGAGAAGCUAAAGUCCUACCUGAACAAUCUCGAGCUGCAGCAGUACGAAGCGAACGAGAAAAUCUCCGAACUGCUUGAAAGUAAACAACAACAAGAGGAAGAGAUGAAAAAGUUGCGGGAUGAAAAUGUCGAACUGAACAAAGUGGCGCGACUAAUGUCCAGAAAUAUGCUCGAAUCCAUCGACACCAGCAAGAGGCUCGAAAACUCCUUCAUCCAGGUCCAGCGAGAGCGAGACCAUUUGGCGAGGCAGAAUCGCGAUUCGGUGGAUGCCAAAACGACCACUAACGAGGAAAUUCAAAUGAUGCGAUCAGAGAUUGAGCUGCAGCGUAAAACUUACGAAGCUCAGUUUAUCGAAUAUAAAAGCCUCAUGAGUGAGGAACAUGAGCGCAAGACGAAUGAUCAGAUCGUCGGACUCGAGCUGGAGGUAGAGCGGCUCCGGCAGCAGCUGGAUGAGGCGCUGGCACGGGCAGAGCGGGCCGAAGAGGAGGUGCAAACGCUACGCCAACAGCUCAGGGUCAGCCGGCUCCAGGAGCUUCGCCAAGACCGGGUGCCGGAGGUUCUCGACUGCGAGAAUCCCAUGGUUUCCAUGAUGAGCCUCUGCAGUGUCACCGGUCCGCGAACCCCAGCCGGUUCCUCACUGUCAUCGCACGCAGCGCCAGCACCGGCACUCCUACCACCACCACCACCACCCCCACUGCCACCGCCGCCGCCUCCGCCACCACUACCAGCUAACAAUUUCGCUAACAGCAAGCAUCUAAUCCCGGCAGGCGAAUCGGGCACCGAACAGCAGGUGCUUGGGUUGAGCGAAGCUAUUUCGAAGCAGAAAUUAAAUCACGUAGCAAUAACGAAUGUAAAUAGUCCACACGCAGCAACAGGUCUAGACUCGGUGAUAGCGGACAUCAAGAGUGGCAAGGUGACGCUUCGCCGACGGCGUCCUAACAUUCCCGCUGCCACCAACGAUGCGGGAGGCAGCAGCAGCAACAGUAUUAGAGAAAGCCAGCGCAACUACAACGAUAUGGUGGCGCGCAAUCCCGCCCUACAGGAGAUGUACGAGGUGCUCGAGCGCAUGAAGCGGCGGAACCGGAAAUCGAAAAUCAUCGUCGAGUCGGAGCUGGGGUCCCGCGGUACCCAGGACACUGACCAGCAGGAUGGCGUGGAUGGGCCGAAGGGUACGCGACGGUUUCGCACGGUAAUGGAUGUAGUUGCCGACUUGUGACACUGGAAGCAUUUUGUGUUUUUAAUUAUAUUUUCCAUUUAACUACUGCCCCCCCGUUACGGCUAACAAACUAGAACAGUUUUAGGGUGGUUUGAUCCAUCGAUCGUUUUACCUUAGUUUUAAGACAUUUUUUCACUUACAUUUACACACUAGCUCGUUGAAAUCGGCGAAAGCCCGAAUAAAGAAGUGCUAUAGCAGUUUGUAACGUUAUGCAAAC